CCUCUAUAGAAUCUACAUUAUGUAUAACGUCUUUAUAUGUGUAUUGUGCUUCACAUAAAUUGGGAGCAUCCAUCUUGCUCAACAUGUGGGCUACGUUCCGAUAUUCACUGUCAGCAUUGAAAAUCUAUAGCAUAUGUGACACAAACUAUGUAUUUUCAAUACUUGCAGUGAAUAUCGGAACGCAGCCGUGCUUAGGUUCAGCUUACUUUUAGUUCGCUGAACAACAUGGCGACCGCUGAGUAAACAUGUUGAAUCGCUGAGUUCGUUUAGUACCGUUCAGAAGAAAAUUAUAAAACGGUUUUGCAACCGUUUUGUCCUGCUGAAUGCAACCAAUGCUUAUUUACGUUAGGAAAUGUUCGGAAUAUUUCCUAUAGACUAACUAAUAGGAUAAGGGAAUUCUAUAUUCAACGGAAUGCAACAUCAGUUGACAUUAGAUAUUCCCGCCUAAGAACCUUCAGUAUUUAUUAAACUUUCAAGUGUUUUUAAAAAUAAUUUAUUAAAGUGGAUUUAAGUGGUAAGCAAUAUAAAAUGGCCAGUAAAAGUAAGCAUUAUACCCCAGCCGAAAAAAAUCUAUUUUUACAAUUAUUACAAAAGUACAAACAUGUUGUUGAGUGCAAGAAAAAUGACGCGAGCACUCUUCGUGAUAAAGAGGUUGCGUGGAUAAAAAUUUACGAAGAAUUUAAUAACUCUUCAAUAAUUACGCAAGAGAGAAAUAUGCAACAACUAAAAAAACUGUGGACAAAUUUGAAACAAAUACAAAGAGACCUGAUAAUCAAAAAGGGACAAGCAAGAGUUGCUACCAGCGAAGGGGAAGAAAUAUCAGUACAGCUUGAUUCAGAAGUAACAUUAAUUGCACCAAAUUUGACAGAUACAGUUCCAACAUUAUUUUCAUCAAAUAUGAGUGAUGAGGAGAUAAAAAGUGGAACGCGGACAUUACCAAAUAUAAUUAGCAACAUGGAUAUAAUAGUUGAGAACACUGUGGAAAAUGAAAGUGUCGUAGACAAUGGUAAGGAAAAUACCAUACAUGAUUCUAGUUUCAAUGUUUCAACUUUCAAAGAAGUUACAACAGAGGAGUGGAACAUAAGGAAUGAAAACAAACAAACUACAAGAAAACGCAAAUUUGUGGAAACAGAAGACACUUUAAAAAUCAAAAGAAUUAAACAAAUAAUAGAUCAAGAACAUCAAUUAGCAGAAAUGAAAUUGCGACAUGAAAAAAUUAUGUAUGCUAUGAAAGAAACACAUUUAAAAGAAAUUAAUAAAUUAGAAUUAAGAGCAUCAGUAGCAAAAGCCGAACUUGCAGAACUCUUGUUGGAAAAAGAAAAGGAAAGAAAAUAAUCUAAUACUAUAAUUUAUAACACAAUUCAAUUUCCAAAAAAAAAUAAUAGCUGCAGUUGUCAAAUUGGGCGCAAUUAAGGCUAUUUCUGGAUCAAACUGUACUGAUGGUAGUUCUUUUCCUCUACUAGUAUUGUACUAAUCAAUAGCAAUUCUUAUUUGGUUAUAAGGUCUCUUUGUGUUUGCUUCAAAUUUGUCCAAAAUAUUUUUAGUUCUAUACUUUUGUUUUGUUUGUAUUUUCGUAAUUUUCAUAAGAAAUUAUUUUCCGUUGGGGUAUAAUACCUACUUUUAUUUGUUAUCUUAUAAUUUCAUAC